AUGUCAUCCAAGUUAGAAAGCCAAUUCCCAAAAUCUAUCUCCAUUGUUAAAAACGAAAAGACCUCCGAGAUAGUCAGUAAUACACACUCUCCGGCGAACACUCUUAACCGGAUAUAUAAUCAUACUCCAUCAGAUCAAAAUUCUCCAACCAUCUUUAACCCCACCUCUUUUAACGCCUCUUCUCCAUCAUCGAUUGCAUCAUUUCAACCACUAAACUCAUUCACACCCACUUCUCCGACGACAUCCGGCGCCGCGAUCGCUCAACUUUCUUAUGAUACCGCAAAAUUGAAAUCACAAUUACGCAAGAGUCGUUCCAUGGUGGAUAUUCGAAGAAACGAUCAUGGAUUGUUUGAAUAUAAUUUCGAAAUCAAUGAUCAAAAAGAUAACUUAGAAUCAUGUUCAAGAUUGACAGCUUUUUAUUAUAACAAUGGGAGGAAUGAUAAGAAUGCAAAUGGAACGGGAAUAAGGGAGAAAGAAAGGAAAGGAAAAAAGGUAGACAUAAAAGGGCAAAAGAAAGACGUCGAAUGGAAGGGGAUAGGAAAUUUACGAGGAACGAAAUAUUUGGAAGCAGAUGAAAGAAGUAAUGAGUUAAAGAACGGAAGUAAUAAGAUAGGAGUGGUGAAUGAAAAAGAAUUUAUCUCUGAAGAGCAAGAUACAAAUAAUGAGGUUAAAGAAGCCUACGAAUAUUAUCAGGUUACUUCACCCAAACGUGAUAUUGCUAGCGACCAGUUUUGUGGUGUGGUUGAUAGAUAUGGAUUUAUAAUUGCAGAAGACGAGGAAGAUAUAUUACCAAACUUGACGCCAGAAGAGAUAAGUAUGGAAUAUUUAAAAUCUACGUUAUCUCGGGUCGUAUUAGGCAAGGACAUACCUUCGUUUCCUUACAACGUAGCGGAGAAAAUCGAAGCCUACGAUGGCGAAUCUAUGUGGUCAUUACAUCAGGGAACGAAAAAAGAGGAUGGAAGCCCAGUAUCGAUAUUUACUUUUGACUGCAUCAAGCAAAAGGAAAAGUUACCUUUGGCCAAAAAUGCUUUCAAAAGAUUUCGCACGAUAAGACAUCCAGAUCUCUUGCGAUACAUCGAUGGCGUCGAGACUGAUGCAUAUAUAUAUAUUGCAACUGAAAGUGUGACACCCUUGCGAACUCAUCUCGAUUCCAAAUCAGAGGACAGCUCGAAGUUAUGGGGGCUAUACAAAGUUGGGAGUGCCCUAAAAUUCUUAAAUAAUGAUUGCGCAAUGAUUCAUGGAAAUGUUCGAAUAUCAUCAAUAUUUACCAACAAAGCUGGCGAAUGGAAACUCGCUGGGUUUGAGUUGAUGAGCUCUUUGAAAGAGGAUAAUCCCACUUAUGGAGGAUUAGUUUAUGAAUCUUCGAAAUAUGCGUCACCCGAAGUCUCUACAAGUUCGUGGGAUGUCUUAAAAGACCAUGAUGUCUGGGUAACAGAUUCAUGGAACUACGGAACCUUGAUAUAUGAGAUUUACAAUGGUCCAUUCACCUCGCCAAGCCAACUCGACAAUCCCGGGUCAAUAUUACAGUCCAUGCAAGCAUCUUAUAGACAAUUGAUCAGCACUAAUCCGAAAUCUCGACCCAACAUUUCAAGUUUUGUGGACAUUGGAUUGAGAGUCAAUGGAUAUUUUCAGAACGAGUUGACUCAAAUAAUGUUAUUCUUGGAAAACAUGAAUAUUAAAGAAUCCAGGGAGAAAGAUGACUUUUUUAGAAAGUUGGGUGCAACAGUCGAUAGAUUGCCUCCGCGUAUUUGCAAAUUCAAGAUUCUGCCAGAACUCAUAAAUGCAUUGGAAUUUGGUUCAGGUGGUGCAAAAGUUCUACCGCUGAUAUUAAAAAUUGGAAACACACUUGAUAGCAGCGAGUACGAUUCGGUAGUUAUGACAUCAAUAGUAAAAAUGUUUGCUGCUCCGGAUCGAACUAUACGUUUGAGUCUACUGGAAAACUUGGCGAUGUUCAUUGACCGGUUAGAUAGCAAAACAGUUAGUGAUAGGAUUUUUUCGAAUGUGGCAACGGGAUUUACGGAUACUGCGCCAAUUAUCCGAGAAAGUACCGUCAAAUCUAUUCUUCUUCUCGUCCCAAAGCUAUCCGAUCGCAUAAUAAAUAAUGAUUUACUACGAUACUUGGCCAAAUUACAAAUGGAUGAAGAACCUGGUAUUCGUACGAAUACCACAAUAUGCUUGGGAAAGAUUAGCAAAUAUUUGACUGAGACUCCCGACUCGGCGAUAACUGAGCAAAGUUCAUCCAUGACAUCAACAACAAUCUCGGUUGCCAGUAGUGUUGCAGGUGUAGCCGCCAGUGCUGCUGAAAGCUGGACCGGAUGGGCUGUCACAUCUUUGACCAAAAAGAUUACUGGAACUGUUGUUGAAGGGGAGAUUGCCGCUUCUCCAUCGGAUCAUACGGUCACGCCCAGCAACGAAAAGUCUGCGAACGGUUGCCCAACGCCCACAAGUCCGAGCGUCAAAAGCGAUUCCAAUGUAGAGCAGAGUGAUCAGGAUACUUUAGAUGGAUGGGAGAACAGUGAUAACAUGUUUUGCAUAGACAAUGUAGAAAAGGAAAUGAACAAUGAUAGCUUUGGACAAACAUCCGAAUCAUCGUCAUCAUCUAGACCAUCCAGUAUUGGAAAGAAGUUAAGCUACACCGUUGCCACGACUUCAAUGAAGCUGGGUUCUGAAAAUAAAUCACACCCAACGGAUAGCUGGGGCUUAGAUGAUGAUUGGGGCAAUGGUGAUUGGGAAGAUGAUUGGAACGUUUCGAGGCCAUCGUCAAUGCAAUCCACCAUAUCAACCGGAUCUAUAAGCCCUGUACAAAAAUCCUCGACAUCCCACACCCCAUCAAAAGAAGAGAAACAAGCAGAGUUAAAUAGGAGAAGAGAAGAAAGAAGACAGAAAAUGGCCGAGUUGAAAGAGAAAAAGAAAAAAGGAUCAACACUCGGUGCAAAAAAAAUCGUGAUCAACUAA